AAAACAGCAGAAGCAGAAGCUCUGCAGCUGUUCAUCAUCAUAAAUGUGUGUGCGUGUGCGCAGGUGUCCGCUCUCUAUUUACUUGUUCAAGUGUGAGAUCAACCGAGUCUGCAGCUGAGCAGUAUACAUUAUACGGAUGCUAAAUGCAGCACUUCAACAAGUGGGUGGUUGGUGGAGCUGCAAAGAUGUCCAGGCAGAGCAUGUUCACUGCAGCUGUGGCCGCCAUGUUAGGAGCCACACUCAGUGGUCUGUUUCUGUGGCGCAGCAUCCGCACUCAAAAGAAAAAGGCUCUAAAGGGUCCCACUGUGGCUGAGCCCGUACAAGCCCAGCUGGAAGUGGACAUCACCCAAUCGCAGCCUGCAAGACCAGAGCUGUCAGCGCCAGCACCAACCCCAAAGCCAGUACCUGUGCCACCCAUUAGUAUACUGUUAGAGAUGUCACCGGUGGUCGUGAGCUCUUCAGAGCAGUGGGAGAUGUUCUGGCCCGCGUUCCAAAAGGACCUGUCUGUGUAUCCGGUUCUGGGCCUGGACUGUGAAUGGGUAAAAAGCAUGCGUGUGUCCACCAAAGGCAAAGCAUCUGCAGUAUCUUUACUCCAGUUGGCGACGUUCUCUGGCCGCUGUGUGCUGGUGCGACUGCUGUCAUUUCGAGAAGCACAGCUUCCUCUACCGAAGGGCCUUAUGGGGGUCCUGUCUGACCCUCAUGUACUGAAGGUUGGGGUGGGUUGUUAUGAGGAUGGAAAGCAUCUGGCUCAUGAUCAUGGUCUGACUCUGCAGUGCACUGUGGACCUGCGCUAUCUGGCCCUCAGACAGAGACAAGCAGUGCUGAAUAACGGCUUGAGUUUGAAAUCCCUGGCUGCAGACCUGCUGAAUGUUGCACUGGAUAAGUCGCUAGAACUGCGCUGCGGUGAUUGGGAGGCAGACGUGCUAACAAAGGAACAGAUUACGUAUGCAGCACGGGACGCCAUGAUCUCUAUCGCCCUUUUCUUUCACCUGCUGGGGCUGAACGCACAGCCCUUCCUUCCCACUGAGAGUGAAACUGUGUUGGGGCAGCUGACAUCUCACUGCCAGGGAUUGGUGGAUGUACCCUUCAGAGGUGGUGGUGGUGGAGGAGGUGGUGGUGGAGGGGGAGAAGAAGGGGAGAGGAGACGACGAAGCAGGAAGUCCACCGCGGAGAGUCCUGAGUCUGGAGACCAGCAAGUUCCAGACCCGCGGCAGAACAAACGCAAACCACUAGGAGUUGGAUAUUCUGCCAGGAAAUCUCCUCUUUAUGAUAACUGUUUCCUUCAUGCUCCUGAUGACCAGCCACUCUGCACAUGUGACAAGAAGAAAGCAAAAUGGUACCUGGAAAAGGGAAUAGGAGAGUUGGUCAGUGAAGACCCCUUCAUUGUUCGCUUGCUGUUUGAGCCCUCGGGCCGUCCAGAAACCCAGAAAGACUACUACCUCACAGCCAAAAAGAACCUGUGUGUGGUGUGCGGGAAAGCCGAGUCUUACCUCAGGAAGAAUAUUGUCCCACAUGAGUACAGGCGCUACUUCCCUGCUGAAAUGAAGGACCACAAUUCCCACGACAUCCUGCUGCUCUGCACUGCCUGUCACGCAGCAUCUAACGUGCAUGACGGCGUCCUGAAGCAGCAGCUGGUUGAGGAACACUCUGCUCCACAGGGCGAGGUAGGCGUUAGGCUACUCGAGGAUGAAGAUCGCCGGCGAGUACGCUCAGCUGCUCGCGCUCUCCUCAGCGCCAGUGACGGGAUGCCAGAAUCCAGACGGGAGGAGCUCCUCUCGAUCAUCCAGAGCUACUUCUGUAAUGACCAUCAGGAGGUCAAGCAAGAGAUGCUUCAGAGAGCUGCAGUGCUGGAGACCAGGAUCUUGAACGAGAGUUUUGUGUCACACGGACUGAAGGUAGUGCGGGCAUAUGCCAAGUCUGGUCUACCUGGCCUGAUGGAGCUGGAGCGCCGCUGGCGACAGCACUUCUUGACCAGCAUGCAGCCCCGCUAUUUGCCCCCACUCUGGUCUGUCAGCCACAACCAUGACAAAUAUCUGCGCAAGUACGGCGAGAACCAGCCAAUCUAGCUCAACUGAGCCCAACAACUUUAGUAAUGCUACAACUCCCAAUAGGAUGGUGUCCACUGUGUGGGUAACACCUUGAUGUCCUUGUCCUUAAACCCUGUGAUGUCAUUGAGUGUGUCCCAGGGACCGUCUUAGCCUGGCCUUGUACAAGCCCUGGUGUUGACUUCCAAAUGAGAAAAAAAAAGCCGAAGACUAGACUGUGGGCCCAUUUUGACUGGGCCCUAAGGGACUAGAUGGAGAUUGGGUAAGAGACUCUUUGGGGAUCUGAAGCCACUGCGGUGAAUGAAUGGCAGAACAUUAAACUCUAAGAAGGUGCAAGAACAGAAAUGGUGAUCGGUAAAGGAAUGAAAUGGCAUAAUGCGCACACUUUUUAAAAAAAAAAACUACAAAAAAAAAAACAUUUAAAUGUGAAAAGGAAUUCUCAUUUCUCUGUGAAAAGUAGAAUCUACUGUAUUUUAACCAGCCCAAACCUGCUCUUACUACUUAAUCAUGAAUUGAAUAAAGGAUUCAUAGCUUACAAUUCUUGCAGGUUUGUGGCCAUAUUAAAUAUUUUGUUAAGCGUUAAAUCUGUCUGCCUUUUGGGGCUAUAUUACUUAAAUACCCAUAAUGGAGCUUUGUUAUUUGUCUAAAAUUUCUGGCUGUUUUUUUUGUUCAGUUGGUUUUGAGAAAAACUAUCUUUAAACAACUAAAAUUUGACCAAAUUGAGCACAGCUAAGCUUAAGAAGGGUGCAACACGUUAAUCAUCUUGCUAAGUUAGGACACCUCAAAACAUACCAAAAUAUAUUUGGUGUGUACAUAACCCUGACUAGACAGUAUGAAUUUAUUCCAGUGUAAUUGAAGCACCCCUCUUCAUUCUCACCCUGAUAAUUAGUACCAAUUUGUGUUGUAUGUGUAGUCACAGUCAGAGAUUCAGCUCCAUGGAUGCUAACAAAUGUAGAUGGCCAUAUCAAGGACCUUGAGAAGUCUGAGCCUAACACUUGUACUUUAACUAAAGAACACUACAGCUUUUCUUUUUAUUUACAUUUUUCCAGAUGUAAUUAUUAAAGGCUGUUGUGUUUCCUUAUUGUCAAUAAAGAUAUAGAAUGUCAUAUUUGAA